AUGGGACUGACGCCCGAGGAGAAGGCUGCCGAGGCCGAGCGCAAGAAGCUGGAGAAGGAGCGCAAGAAGGCUGAAAAGGAGGCGAAGAAGGCGGCAAAGAAGGCCGAGAAGGAAGCCAAGAAGCAGGCCAAGAAGGAAGAGAAGCUGCGUCGCAAGAGCAAAGGAUCCCAGUCGUCCCCGCCACCAAGCGACAGUGACAGCAGCGGCGAUGAAGACCAAGGGGACGAGGUUCGCCCAUACGAGAACUUCUCUCCUCGCUUCGGACAGCAGGCCGCCCCGCCUAAGGAAGACAAGCCUGCCACCGCGGGCGGUAAUGACGACGAUGACGAUGGUGAUGAUGAUGAUGACGAGGGCCCCUUGCCUGAAUCCACAAGCAUCUCGGCUUACGAGAACUUUACUCCGGCCGGCCAGCGUGCAAAGCCGCCUUCGUAG